AACUUGGGGCUUUUCAGUCAUAUAUGUGGCAAAACAAGGUUAACUUCCCUAGCCGCGCUAAUAUGAUAUGUAAGGGCAGUUGGCAGGUAAUUGGGUCAUUUAUCGGGCAAAGUUGGAGAUAAACUCACUUUAGACAAACUGCGAAGUUGGUGUAGCCUAACUGUCAACCAGAUUAUGGAAAUAUUAACCACGCAUAGAUUUCUAACAUUCAAAUGCAAUGGGGAUGUGGGUCUGAGGUCUUGUGACUUUAUCAGUUGUCAGUGAGUGGUGAAUACCGAAAGUUCUGGAACAUGUACUGGAGCCAGCAAGUUAACUUAUUAUUGACGUUAGUUUGUAUUUCUAUUAAACGAGACAUGUUAAUGAGAAGAUUUUUUGCUACUUUUGUUACCUAGACGACUAACUCCCAGCUACGACUAACCAGUCAACGUCUCGAACUGAACAGUUAUGAAAUGUUAGACAGUUAUACAGCCUGAUCGUUGUAGUCAUUAAACCUAAGUUAACUUCGACACCUCUUGUGUUUAUUUUAGUAACCAUAGAAUAAUCCUAUCUGAUUUUAACAACAGCAAUUUAAAAUUGUAGACAUUUUUUUGGUCCGAUAACGGACUUUCGGACGUUUUGUGUUUAGUUAUGUCAUUCGUUAGUUUAUGUUAAGUCAUUCGUGAGUGUGUUGGUUUUUUUCUUGUGUGCUAAUGUCGAAGCAGGUGGAAAAUCAUUAGCUAACAAAGUUGUAUUUGUAGGGCAAAUUUUCCGUCUUUCAGACUGAGAUUGCGAGGUUCUGAUUCUGAGACUUCAGAUCUGAUGUUGCACUCCGAAUAAAGGUUAAUUGAUAAUUUCCCUUUCAGCUGGGUUAAUCAUUUCUCAAUACAACAUCAGCAACAACCUGAGCAACAUGAAGUGAAAGGUAACGGCACCUGGUGGACAGCCGCCUGGGCGUGAGGGUCAGAAGGCAGCGUUGAAGCCACCAUGAGCGAGAAUGGCUCCCUCACAGAGUCGGCCAUGUGCUUCGAGGAGGUGGCACUGGACAAGGACAACAAGAUAUGCAUCUACGACAAAGACGGGGACGAUGACGACAACGAGCUGGACCCUGACGACAGAGGAGGCCUGAUUCACCCGUCCACCUCGUCCUGCAUGGCUCGUGUCUACGAUCGCACCACGGUGCUCAUCGAGCAGGACCCGAUCCGGCUGGACGAAGAGGGCGAAGAGGAUGGCCACUGCGGCGGAGACUGUGAAGACGACGGCAUGGUCUUCCUGACCGAGGGGGAAGUGGAGGGCGACGAUGACGAGGAAGAAGGGGACGGCUCGUUGGCCUUCAUGGGCGACCCCGAGGGCAUGGUGCAUGGCUACGUGCACCACACCAUCUCACCAGACCAGAUCCAGUUCACCAUCAACCCGGGCUCGACGCCCAUGCCACGCAACAUAGAGGGAGCCACGCUCACACUGCACUCGGAAUGCCCGGAGACCAAGCAGAGAGAGGUGAAGCGGUACCAGUGUACGUUUGAGGGCUGCACGCGGACCUACAGCACGGCAGGGAACCUGCGCACGCACCAGAAGACCCACCGCGGCGAGUACACGUUUGUGUGUAACCAGCAGGGCUGCGGCAAGGCCUUCCUCACCUCCUACAGCCUCAAGAUCCACGUGCGCGUGCACACCAAGGAGAAGCCCUUUGAGUGCGACGUGCAGGGCUGCGAGAAGGCCUUCAACACACUCUACAGACUGAAAGCACACCAGCGCCUGCACACGGGGAAGACGUUCAACUGUGAAUCGGAAGGAUGCACCAAGUACUUUACCACGCUCAGUGACCUGAGGAAGCACAUCCGCACGCACACGGGAGAGAAGCCCUUUCGUUGUGACCAUGAUGGAUGUGGCAAAGCGUUUGCGGCCAGCCACCACCUAAAGACCCACGUACGGACACACACAGGCGAGAAGCCUUUCUUCUGUCCUAGUGAUGGCUGUGAGAAGACUUUCAGCUCGCAGUACAGCCUUAGGAGUCACGUCCGCGGUCACGACAAAAGUGGCAACACCUUCACCGUCAACCUCAGCCACCCGCUAUCUGAAGAUGCAAACCACUCGCUGUGCCUCAGUGAUUUGAGCCUCAUCUCGACGGAUUCAGAGCUCCGGGAAAACCUUAACAAUACCCACGGCCUGGACCUGAGUAGUGUUACCCCAGUGCGGAUAUUUGAGCUGAUGUUUCAGAGCCCAGACAACAGCGUCAGUCAGGAUGAUGUCCAACCCACAGAUAGCCUAGUGGAGGCGUUUGGCCUGGACACUCCCUCUCAGCCGGCUGUGACAGACACCCCCGCCCUGCUCCCCGCCUUCGCGCAGGCCCCCUCCUCGUCCUCGUCCUCCUCGUCCCUUGCUACCCCAGUGCUGGACAUGUCCCUGCAGCCAGUGGCCGAAUCCACGCAGCAGCCUUCCUCCUCGACACCGACGCCACCCGCUGCCCAGAGCUCCACGGCCGAGCUGCAGACCAUCUCGGCGCUCCCUGUAGCGCCUGGCCCUCAGCCUUAUGUGGCGUUGCCACCGCCACCAUUGACCCCCGCCACAGUCUCCGCUGUACCGGCCAGCGCCGCAACCGUUGUCACCACAGAGACGGCACCGGCCAGUUUGGCUGCACCACCCCCCCCUCCUCCUCCUGUGCCUCCUCCUCCUCCUACUCCUUCCGCCACUAUCACCAUAACGCCCGCAGCAGGUGGCAUGCUGCCUCCGGGCCUGGUGGUGACUGACCAGAACCUCCAGUGGAUCCUCAGCAGCGCCACCAACUCGCAAAGCAACCUCGAACAGCAGGGGCAGGGUCCUAAAGUGGAGAAAGUCUUCUUCACCACAGCCAUACCUGUUGGAGGAAAUUCAGGAAACCCUGUUCAGCAGAUUGGCCUGAGUCUGCCAGUCAUCAUCAUCAAGCAGGAGGAGUCGUGCCAGUGUCACUGUGACUGCAGAGCUAAAAGCACAGCCACCUCCACAUCCUCUUCCUCCCCCUCCGCUACGAACUUGCCAUCCUCUUCCUCAGCCCAGAAGCAGCCUACAGACCUUCCGCCGGCUGACCCCGCCCCUGCCCCCGCCCCCGCCCCUGUACCCCCACCCCCACCUCCACCUCCACCUGUCGCCCCCUCGCAAUGCUGCCCUGCUCAGCCAGACGAUCCGUCGGCCCACGCCGGACACUCGCAUGCAGCUGGUCAGCCCUCCUCGUUAUUAUCAGCAACGCCGUUACCGCCAUCAUCCUCCUCCACCCCUCCCCCACCAUCCUCCUCCUCUUCCUCCUCCACAGUCCACUCGCAGACUUUCCCCAGCGCCAGCGCGGCAGGCGCAGCCCCCCUCCCUUCGCCAGCGGCCGGCGGGCUGGCCACCAUGGACGUGGCGGACUUCCUGUCCCUGCAGAACGCCGGGGGCUCGACCAACAUGGAGGCCCUGCUGCUGGUGCCAGACGACUUCCCCAUGGGCGACGGAGGCAUCCACUAGCGGACCUCCGCCCGCCAACACCCUUCGGCAUCUCCCUCUCUUCCUUCUCUUCCACCUCGCGAUCAUCCCUUCCCACCACCUCUCGUUUCAGUGCUGCAAGCCCAGCCAGACCCAGGGCCAUGUGCGGUACAUGUGUGGAGCCCCCUGGUGGUUGAUAGGUGAAAGACACAUUUCCAAUUUGGCCAGUGCCUCUCCCUCCCCCAAUGGACCGAGCUGGAUCGGAACCCUGCUGUGCAUGUCGCUCAAUUCAAAGGCAGUGCAACGUGCUCAGCCCAGCCCAGCCCAGCCCGCAGUGUCAACAGAACCACAUCAGAUGGCUCGCCCUGCCUUUUGGUGGUAUUUUUUUUUGUUUUUUUAAUUAUUAUUAUUAUUAUUAUUAUUUUAUUUUGGCUUACCACAUUCACUGACGUUACUUGACAAAUUGUGUUACUUGUCAUAACAGUGCUCAGAUAUGUCUAAAUCUAUAUAUGCAGCUUUGAAGUGAUCAAUGCCUGAAGUGACUUGUCUAAUGAUUGAUUCACUUGUUUUUUUUUGUUUUGUUUUGUUUUCUCUCUCUCUGGUGUCAUCAGGGACAUUAGGGAGCUCAAAAAAGAGUAAUAAUGAAUCAGUUUGGCUCAAUUUGGCUCUGGAGUUAACUUUUGUGCCAGUACUUGAGGAAAUGCUAUCAAGCUGUAUCUGAGACCACAUAGUCACUUUUUGCAUGAUUAACUUUUUGUUGUUCCUGGAAGGACAUGAAGCACUGAUUUGCCAGAAACUGUAAUGAAAUUACACACUAUGAUAUUUCCUAUCCUUGUACUGUAGUCAGCAGCACUCUCUGAUAUAGACACAUUUAGUCCAGAAUUGACUAGAAUGUACUGCAUGUAAACAAAUAAUAACAAAAAAAAACAUGUUGGCAGUAGUCUUCUCGGGAGUAGUUGGUAGUUUUUUUUUUUUAAAUCAGUAUACUAUUGCAAGGUCACUCUACAGGGCAGUUGAUGCAGCUUUUUCCCCUAAAGCAAGGUUGAGCCUAUGCCAUGCCAAUAUGAAGAGUAGCUAAUCAUAGAUGUUACUAGGGAGGCUGGUGUAGUCCAGGAAAUGUGAUUGCAAUUUUGACAUUCAUUCAUCUAUCAUUUUUUUUUACAUUUUUUUUUUUAAAGAAAGACUUUAAAAAUAAGUUUGCUUGCCUUUUUAAAAUAUAUGUAAUAUAGUCUUUACAUUGGUGAAAACGGCUGCCUAUGACUAAACUAGUAUUUAAUUUUUAUAUGUGUUAAUUUAUUUGAAUACUUAAUUGCUAUCGUCAGAUCAACUCUUCUGUUCUUUCUCACUCAAUCUUUUUUCUUUCUCUCACGAAAUUUCCCAGCUUUGUGGACCAAGUCCUGACGUGCGUGUUUCUUCUGAAGGCGUUCUCGUUCGGGCUAGUGAAAAGGCUCAGGUUUAGGCUUACACUUCUUCUCUCCUUUCCUUUAGGAUGGUGUUACUGAUUCCAGACUUUUCACCCAGUCAUUCACUUCAUGGCUGCCUGUUCUUAGCCAGAGACAGGUGUGCAUGCAAGCACCAGAAGGGCUCAACUGCACAUGUGUCUCAGCUGAACCAGUUUUGUUUUAAAUGUUCUUAAAAACAAAACAAAAAAGAAAAAAACAAACAUUUAACUUGACCAAGUUUGUUUUUCAUGCAGUGAACAGAUUUAUUUAUGUUAGUGAAUGGCAAAGAGUGAGACACACACACGCAAGCGAUCCCAUUUGCACACCAUCUAAGCUGCUGCCUGUUGAGGACAAAAAGUGGCAUCUUCCUUUUCAGUCAACACUUUACCAAUUCCACCCCCCCCCCCCCCUCACCCCACAGCAUGACCCCCCUCAGGGAUGAAAGUUAUGAUGGACGAGAUUCCAGAUUUGCAGCAUUAAAAUGCUCUGAUUUCGACCUAAAAAUCAUCGGCUGCCAUUGCUGACCAUCAUUCAAUGUUAACUUUUCUCUGUAGUGUCUCUCAUCUCAACUGCUUGCACUACCAGUCGCCGGUGUUGUUAGUCCAACCCCACUCCGUGUGUGUAGUCAGUAGCAUAUGUCCCUUACUUUAGACCACUGCUGUAGAGAGUAUUGUGUUGUGAAUGAGUUGAUCAUAAAUGUAUAUAUUGCACAUUUGAUAAUAUAAAUACUAUUAUUCCUUUAGAUUGUAUUUGAAUUUGUAUUUUUGUAUAGAGCGUGAACUAUUUUAGGUUUUUGAGAUGGAAGACAGACCCUACCCGUACACUGCCCUACCUGUGUCCUUACCAUCCUGUUUUAUGACCGCAGGCAUGCACUAAUUAUGCUAUUUUUUUUUUUUUUAUUUGUUUUGGGUUUUAUUUUUUGUGCUUUUCUUUUUUUUUAUGAAGCCUUGUGAUGGUCCAACUGUGGUAUUAGAGUAGGCUCUCUUAACCUACCCCAAACAAAACUGUUUUCUGAAGUGCAUGUGGUGCACGGUGUUCCUGCAAGUUGGUAUAGAUUCUUCCUAAUGUGUAGAAGAAAUAUAUAACAUUGCCUUACAGCCUAUCAAUGAUUACAGUUUGAAGGCAUGUUGCCUCAUCAAUGUUGUUCUUCUGAACGCUUUUGCCUUUAACAUGGAAGGCUCUGUUGGCAAAGCAAGAACAUCUGUCUGUUUUGUUCAUUUAGUUGGUGUGUGUGUGUGUGUGUGUGUGUGUGUGUGUGUGUGUGUGUGUGUGUGUGUGUGUGUGUUUUGUCAUGGUGUGCCAAUGAACAUAUACUGUGUAUGAGUUCAUUUCUUGGGUGUGUGGUUCAUUGUCAAUCCUUAAUCCACACACUCCACAGCAUAGUUCACCAUCGUACCUGUCCAGCUUGUCAUACGAUUUCUUGUAUGGUGUGGCGCUCUUAAUUGUCUUUUUUCAUGCCCUAUCCUAUAAUAUUUUCAGUUGCACAGCAAGGCUUUCUGUCAUGGCUUGCAUGAUUUCAAUUCCUGUUGUCUUUCAUCAUAGGACAGGGUUCUGUUGUGUUAAUAUAUACAGUUUGUUGGAUCUGUUGAUGUCUUGUUAUUUCUUUUUUGUUUUGUUUGUUUAUUUGCAAUCUUGUUUGCUGUAUGUUUUCUACAUGUAUGUAUGUGGUGCAAUGUUUGAGUCUGGAUAGGAAGUGGGACAACAGUGAAUGUUUAAUCUGCUUGAUCCUUGUCACUACUGUAAGAUCCUCACCAUCUCAACCUCAAAAUGUUGAACUAUGCAAGACUUUCAUCUUUUCCUCUCUUACACUUGGUGAAAGAUGCCAAUUAUGUCAUUGUUCAUCUUUUUUUAACAACAUAGCCUCUAUUCCUAGCCCACAAUGAUUUCUCCCCAAUAUUCUUGAUAUUCAUUCCUUAAAUGUAAGAUUAUCAGAAGGCUCUCAAAGCGGAGUCAAACCAAUAGCAUAUUAAAAAUAUUUCGGGCAACGUAGACGCCAUUUUGUUGGAAUGAUCGAAUUGUUCCCCAUCAAUAAUCACGACCACCAAGUUACUAUUUCAAGGAGUCACAGGUUGUGCUUGAAGAAAAGGCACUAUAAUUCUGUUGUAAGAAUUAUUUUCAGCAGUAAAACAUUGUUCUGUAUUGUUUCAAGGAGAAGUUUGAGGAAUACAAUAUGUUUGCAUACUCAAAUUAUAUGUCAGUGAUUAUUUAACUUCCUGCCUUCUCUCUCUUUCUCUGGCCUUGAGCUACACAUCACCAAGUUGCUCUGAAUCCCUGAAGUUACUCACAGAAAAAACACCUCACCAAAUCCAUUGGAGCUGGAUUAAAAAAAAAAAAAACAAUACUAACAAACAAUAAAACUAUCAAUCUGGAUAAUCAAUUA